AUGAAAUCCUUUGGCCGAGUUUCCGCAGGGGUUAGCCGGCGCGGGGUUUGGUGUCAUAGUCGCGUGCAGGGACUCCGACAACGCGCACAGCACGUUUCUUGUCGAUGGAGUAGCAGCAAUGUGUCUGGCUCUCAAGCUCGAGAAUCUGCUCGAAAUCCAUCUUCCCUCAGAGCUGGCCAAGCCAUCAUCCUAGCUACGAUUGCCAGUGCUGUCGGGUAUGCACUUGGAGCAAUUACUGAACUCCGAGCGUUACUCGGAGAGGACGCGAUCAGUACUGACGACGAGGAUUUGCACCUUCAUGGUUAUUCAGAAUGGUCAUCAAUCAAUUGCGAGGAACUUCCCGUCGCCGUCGCUUAUCCCAGGAGCACCGAACAAGUGUCACAGAUCGCCAAAAUAUGUCAUAAGUAUCGAAUGCCCAUGAUACCAUACUCGGGAGGCAGCAGCCUUGAGGGUAACUUCUCUGCGCCCCACGGUGGGAUGAGCAUCGACUUCGCCCAUAUGGAUAAGAUUGUCGCUUUUCAUGAGGAUGACAUGGACGUCGUUGUCCAGCCUUCUCUUCAAUGGAUGCAGUUGAAUGAGCAAAUCAAACACUCAGGACUUUUCUUCCCUGUCGAUCCUGGCCCGUCAGCCAAGAUUGGUGGCAUGGUUGGCACAAACUGCAGCGGCACAAAUGCCGUUCGCUAUGGCACUAUGAAAGAUUGGGUUCUCAACGUGACCGUGGUGUUGGCCGAUGGUCGAGUGAUCAAGACACGAAAACGUCCCCGUAAGAGUGCGGCGGGAUACAACCUCACAGGGUUGUUUGUGGGAUCUGAAGGCACACUAGGCAUCGUAACGGAGAUCACUCUCAAGCUAGCUGUCUUACCUGAAGAGACGCGGGUCGGGGUCGCCACUUUCCCAACCAUUCGCGAUGCGGCGUCUGCGGCCAUGAAGGUCAUCCGUGCAGGUGUCAAUGUUCAAUGCAUGGAAAUCCUCGACGAGGUUCAGAUGAGAGUGAUUAACGGGGCUGGCGGCACCAAUCGGACAUGGAAAGAAGUUCCCACGCUCUUCUUCAAGUUUUCAGGAUCUUCUACUGCCGUUGCCGGCAACAUUAAGGCAACCAAGGCCAUUGCCAAGAGCAACAACAGCAGCUCUUUCGUAUUUGCGAAAGAUGACAGGGAAGGCCAGGAACUCUGGUCUGCGCGCAAACAGUCUCUUUGGAGUAUGAUGGCGCUGCGCAAGGAGGGAACUGAAAUCUGGUCAACCGAUGUGGCCGUGCCACUUUCUAGGCUUCCCGAUAUAAUCGAAUCAUCAAAGAGAGACAUGGAUGACCUAGGCCUAUUUGCUAGCAUCGUCGGCCAUAUUGGCGAUGGUAACUUCCACGAGAGCAUCAUGUAUAACAGAAAGGAUCCCGCCGAGCGGGAGAAAGUAGAAAGGAGCGUUUAUGACAUGGUUAAUCUUGCGUUGGAGAUGGAAGGAUCCUGCACUGGAGAGCACGGCAUCGGGAUGGGUAAAAUGAACUCUCUUCUCAAGGAAGUCGGUCCAGGGACCAUCGACGUUAUGCGCAGUAUCAAGAGGUCUCUUGACCCGCACUGGUUGAUGAAUCCUGGAAAAUUAUUCGAAGCGACUCGCAAGAUGGAAAGGGAGCGGCAAUCACGAAACAAUCAUGAAGCCACCAAUGGGUAA